AUGAGCUGCGAAGAUGUUGAGCACUCUCAGAUUCGUGACAUUCUCCGGUGCAUUCUACACACUAUUUUGUUCCACAGGGCUUUAGGGCUAGUGCGCCCCAAACAUAUUGAUUUGGAGCUCUUUGAUAUUACAUAUGUAGGUGCUUUGCAGUUUCAUAAAGUGCUUGUAGAUUGGGUUUUCUCUGAGAUUCCUGCAGUACAGUGUGGUGAUGUGGAACUCGAGCGGAAAAUAGAUGAGAAGAUAGACCAAUUUAUAGACAGGGUGGAAAAGCACCCGAACAAGAAAAACCAGGGCCACAGUUUGCUAAAUCUUUUCCACAUGUGUCUAUCCUUCUACGAGGUGAAAAACAAACAAGCUACAUGGUUCACUAACAAAGUCGAGCGCCUCUACUUAGAACUAUGUUUAUCAGAUUCAGCAUUCGGGAUGGACAUGUUCAAGAGGAUGCUCCAAACUGGGCACCCAACUAUGCUUAGCUGA